AUGCAUCUGUCCGAAUCCUCUCCUAUUCCUCAAUUAUCACCUUCUAAAAAUAAAAUUGCCAGAAAAUCUGGCAUUUUCAAGAGAAAUAGCAAGCGAGUUGCUGAAUGUGUUUUAGUUUGCACGCGCAAGAGGCAGAAGAAGAUGGCAGCUUCUGAAUCUGGUUCUCUUGUGAGUGGAUGUGUUUCACCUACAGAUAUGAAACUCAGGUUUAGACCACGAAAGCAAAAUGAAGAUUCAACGUAUUCUUCACAUACGGAUGUAAAAUCUUUAAACACAGAAAGGUCUAGUAGGAAAGACUGGUCGUUAAAAGGAGUGCAAGGAGAAGUUCCCCCUAGUGAAACUGUUAAUGAUCUGGCUCUGACUAGUAGUAAUGAUUGCCUGGGAAGAGAAGAGUUUGUGGAUGAAAAUUUAGGUAAACAAGAACUAACUGAUGAUAAAUCUUGGAAAGCUAUUGAAAAAGGUCUUUUUGAGAAAGGUGUGGAGAUUUUUAGCAGGAACAGCUGUUUGAUUGCUAGAAAUCUUUUAAACGGUUUGAAGACAUGUUGGGAGGUUUUCCAAUACAUGACCGGCACUGACAAUAAACUGACUUGCCAUGCAGCCAAUGGUGUUCUAUCUCUUCUUGAAGGGUGUUCUAAAUAUGACCUUAAUGGAGCUAUGGGAACCAAUGAAGUAAGACGGAGAUCAAGAUUCCUACGAAGAAGGGGUAGAGUCCGUCGUUUGAAAUAUACCUGGAAAGCAGCUGCAUAUCACUCAAUCAGGAAAAGGAUUACCGAGAGGAAAGAUCAGCCAUGCCGGCAGUAUAAUCCAUGUAGUUGUCAAACAGCUUGUGGAAAGCAAUGUUCUUGCGUUUUAAAUGGAACAUGCUCUGAAAAAUACUGCGGAUGUCCUAAGAGUUGCAAGAAUCGAUUUAGAGGUUGUCAUUGUGCUAAAAGUCAAUGCCGAAGCCGCCAGUGUCCAUGUUUUGCUGCAGACAGGGAAUGUGAUCCAGAUGUUUCUAUAAAUUGUUGGGUUAGGUGAGCUCUGACUUUGAUU